UGAUCACAUGUAAACAGGGAAAUGCCGGUUAUCGGCAUUUCUCUCCCCAUGAGCUGUCACACUGACAGCUCGUGAGGAGAGGAGAGCUGGUAAUCAGCAUUCCUCGGAGGGGACAUCAGCGCCACCUGUCAGUGUCCAUCAGUGCCCGCUCUCAGUGCUCAUCCAUGCCACCUGCCAGUGCCGAUCAGUGCCACUUUUCAGUUCCCAUCUUAGCUGCCUUUCAGUGUCACCCAUCAGUGCCAGUCAGUGCCACCUAUCAAUGUCAGUCAGUGCCACCUAUCAGUGCUGCCAAUCAGUGC